AUGACAGAAUCAUAUGAUUCCGAUGGACCUGGCACCCCUGCGUUGAAGCCCACAACGAUCAAUUACUUGCCAAAGGUGUCACCGCCUCCAUUCGAUACCGGAGAUCAAUCACCCAAGGGCGGUCUACCUAAGCACGAUGCAGAGGCACAGUUUCCGAGCAGUUCGCAGCCUAAUCGACCUGACAUAGCCUGGUUCGAAACUGAACAUCCGCUUCACCGCAGCAUUCCAGCGGACGACCCCUAUCCGGUUCUUCCCAAGAUCCUAUUCGCCCCGGAAAAAUCCUCCGUGGAGACCAAGGAGCCUGUAGAUGUGGCGAGAAAGGCUCUCAAUUUGAUCAGUCCGAGCGAGCCCAAGGAAGGAGGCCCGUCUGUAGGCCCGAAGGAUCCUCCAAUCCCCUACAAGGAACCACGCCGACCGUCCAUUCCAGUUGAAGAAACUGUGCUCAAAGAAGAACAGCAGCAGCACACGCCGCCUAAUAUCCCUCAUAUAUCACAUCUAUUCCAGGAUGGGAAACUACCUGAUCCUGAAGCACGAUUGAGCAAGUUGCUGAUAGCACCGUCGGAGCCAACAGCUCAGCUGCCCGCCCUCCACCCGUCAGCAACGGCGAGCUCCGUGAAUCAUAACCUGCCCUCCCUUUCAACGGCAUUGGCCGGUGUUACCGAUGUACCACCACCUGCUGGUGCCGGACGUCUGAAUGGCUCGUCUUUCGGGCCUUUGCCUCCGGUCUCAUCUUCUUCUCCCCCGGUAUCAAGGACAGAUCCUGUCUGGGAGCACCAACGCUUAGGCCAGAUUCCGCCUCCUCCGCCGCAAGUCCCGCCCAGCCCCUACUCGCACUUGUCACCAGCGAGCUCGAAGGACAUGUCGGCCAUGUCGUCGCCCGCAUCCCAGCAGGCUUACUGGCGGCCGCCUAUCAAGGCGGACAUCACGUAUCUCACUUCAACAUAUGAGACUGCGCCGCAGACGGCCAAGAGCCCCGCAACAAGCUAUCCCACCCCGACAGAUCAGACUCCAGCAUCAACCUGUGAUCGGUCAUACAAUCCCCCCACACACUCGAACGGAGCGGUCUCCACAGGCACAUACAAGUGCCGUCACCCUGGCUGCACUGCAGCCCCAUUCCAAACGCAAUACCUGUUGAACUCCCAUGCAAAUGUCCAUUCUCAGGAUCGCCCGCAUUUCUGCCCCAUAGCUGGCUGUCCGCGUGGACCCGGCGGGAAAGGAUUUAAAAGGAAGAACGAGAUGAUUCGACAUGGCCUUGUCCAUAAUUCGCCUGGAUAUGUAUGCCCAUUUUGUCCAGACCAACAGCACAAAUACCCUCGACCGGACAAUCUGCAACGACACGUCAGGGUCCACCAUGUCGACAAGAGCCGAGAUGAUCCGGCUCUCAGGCAGGUCCUAUCGCAAAGGCCAGAGGGUAGUACGCGUGGACGACGCCGUCGGAACAACGUACCAUGA